CAAUAAAACCACCUGCCUAAUAUCUUGUCGGUCCCUCUUGUGCCGCCAAAACAGCUCUAUCCCGUCUGGCAGCAGAUCAUUUUAAGUCCUGUAAGUUGCGAGGUGGGGGCUCCAUGGAUCGGACUUGUUGGUCCAGCACAUCCCAUAGAUGCUCAAUCGGAUUGAGAUUUGGUGAAUUUGGAGGCCAAGUCAACACCUUGAACUCUUUGCCAUGUUCCUCAAACCAUUCAUGACCAAUUUUUGCAGUGUGGUAGGGUCCUGCUGAAAAAGGCUGAUGCCAUCAGUGAAUACCGUUGCCAUGAAGGGGUGUACAUGGUCUGCAACAAUCUUUAGGUAGGUGGUGUGUGUCAAAGAAACAUCCACAUGAAUGCCAGGACACCAGGUUUCCAGCAGAACAUUGUCCAGGGCAUCACACUGCCUCUGCCGGCCUGCCUUCUUCCCAUAGUGCAUCCUGCUGCCAUCUCUUCCCCAGUUGAUGACAUGGUGUUUAUUCCUGGUGGGAGAAUGACGAUGGGAACUAGUGCUGCUGAUGGGAGAGACGGGGAAUCACCAACACGAGCGGUCACUGUCCAACCUUUUAAGAUGGACAAAUUUCCUGUUACGAACUCCAACUUCAGGGAAUUUGUCAGACUGCAGAAAUAUAAAACAGAGGCUGAAACAUUUGGUUGGAGUUUUGUCUUCCAGGAUUUUGUGUCUGAUGAGCAGAAAAGCAAGGUUACUCAGAAGAUUGAGUCUGCUCCUUGGUGGUUACCAGUCGAGAAGGUCUUCUGGAGACAGCCAGCAGGACCUGGCUCUGGUAUCAAGGACAGGCUGGAGUUCCCUGUGGUGCAGGUCAGCUGGAAUGAUGCACAAGCCUACUGUCAGUGGAAGAAGAAAAGGCUGCCAACUGAGGAAGAGUGGGAAAUGGCUGCACGUGGCGGUCUUGAAGGCAGGACAUUCCCAUGGGGCAACAAGUUCUUGCUGAACCGCAUUAACCUGUGGCAGGGCCCAUUUCCAGAUGGAGACACAGCAGAAGAUGGCUAUCAUGGUGUAGCUCCUGUAACUGCCUAUCCUCCACAAAAUAGCUAUGGACUAUAUGAUAUGCUGGGUAAUGUCUGGGAGUGGACCUCCUCACGUUUUCCUGGUGCUCAGACACAGUAUGCCCUGCGUGGUGCAUCCUGGAUUGACACAGUCGAUGGUUCAGCCAAUCAUAGAGCUCGUGUCUCCACUAGGAUGGGAAAUACACCAGACUCUGCCUCUGAUAACCUGGGCUUCCGCUGUGCUUUGAGUUCAGAUGCAAAGCAGGAGACAAGCAAAACCAGAACCGAGCUGUAGGAGCCAAAUGUUUAAUGACCAGCUAAUGUCAGUGGUGCAUUUUGAAAUGCAUUCUACAUUUCUCCUGUUCAGACAUGAACAGUGUUAUAUUUACUUUUUUACACAAAAUACUGCCAUAUUAAAAUAUUAACAAUCUUAUAA